ACAGAGAGAAGGAAGUUUGCUGCAAGCCUUUGAAAACUGCUGUAAUGAACAAACUGUUCCGCACGAUUUGAAAAUAAUCCGCGUGUCAGUGUCAUCUUUCUUAUGCAAAGUAGCUGUCUUUGAAGGCGGAUCUUUUGGCAGGUUAGACCGGGACGGAGGCUCCGACCAGCUCAGACGAGCGCUGCCACCAAACGCAUCAACUGCCUGUUUGCGGGAGGAGCAUAAUCCUGCAACUCUGGGACCCAUUUAUUAUUAUUAUCACCGAGGAUAUUUAUUUUACUUAUUUUGCUGACUGAUUCAUUGUUUCUGGCGCCUUGUGAGCAGCCAUCCCCGCUGCAGAAAGGACCGCAGGGAAAUGAUUUGUUGUGUUUUUUUCGCACAAGGACUGAAAUCUACACAGACAGAUACUCCGGGGAAAGUGACAUGUAACGUGAAGACGGAUUAGUAAUUAUUUUGGGAACAAGUAGAGGACAAAUCGGAACACGUUACAAUUCUCUUUUACUCACAGUAGACUGAUAUGCUCCGUGCAAGAGACAGAAGAAGUAACUCCAACACUUCAUCCACAAACUGAGCGCUUGAAAGCAUGGACCUGAACGCACGCGACUUCCAGCGAGGAAACAUUUUCGGACCCCUGUGGGAUUUAUGUUUUUAUUAAACAAACCUAAAAUGAGGAAACGAUGGUCUUGCAGCAGAUAGUUCUGUAAGUUUUUUUUCCCCACAUUGAUCUGACACACAACCAGGUUUCAUCACUGACUUUUUAAUGAUAGAAACUUGUGUGUUGUGGUAGUGGUGAACAUUUGGCCUAUUCUUUCUUUAAAUCAAGCCAGGGAGAAUGUUUUCAACUGUUAAACUGAGCCUCAUCUGUGUGCUACUGGUCCUGUGGAGCGGUGGGGGUUCAGCCAUUAGCUCAAUAGACCCCGACUGGUCAGGAGAGGGGAGAUGUCAACACAUCAACAUCCCCCAGUGUAAAGACAUUGGCUACAACAUGACCCGCAUGCCAAAUCUUAUGGGCCACGAUGACCAAAAAGAGGCAGCGAUAAAGCUGCAGGAGUUUGCGACGCUGAUACAGUUUGGAUGCCACAGUCAUCUCAAAUUUUUCCUGUGUUCACUGUACGCUCCCAUGUGCACGGAGCAGGUGUCCAACCCCAUCCCAGCAUGUAGAGUUAUGUGUGAGCAGGUCAAGGUGAAAUGCUCGCCCAUCUUGGAACAAUUCAACUUCCCCUGGCCUGACUCUCUGGACUGCUCCCGGCUGCCGACCAAAAACGACCCAAACAACCUCUGCAUGGAGGCGCCCAACAACGGCUCAGAUGAUCCUCCCAAAGUCUCCCACACCCAGCCUCCAGACUUCAGGCCACAGCGGCCUCUGAGCGGGCAGGACUUGCACCUUAAGGACAGCAGCAGCAAGCAGACGUGCAGCAAUCCUGGCAAGUUCCACUUUGUGGAGAAAAGUGAGUCCUGUGCCCCCAAAUGCUACCCCAAAGUGGACGUAUACUGGAGUCAGGGAGACAAGCAGUUCUCUUUGGUGUGGAUAGCCAUCUGGUCUAUCCUCUGCUUUGUCUCAAGCACCUUCACUGUGCUGACUUUCCUCAUAGACCCGCAGAGAUUCAAAUACCCCGAGAGGCCGAUCAUCUUCCUCUCUAUGUCCUACUGUGUUUACUCUGUGGGCUACCUCAUCCGACUUUUUGUGGGUGCUGACAGAAUAGCCUGUGACAGAGACAAUGGGGUCCAGUAUAUUAUCCAGGAGGGUCUGGAGAGCACCGGCUGCACCAUUGUCUUUCUCAUCCUUUAUUAUUUUGGCAUGGCCAGCUCCCUCUGGUGGGUUAUUCUAACCCUCACAUGGUUCCUAGCUGCAGGGAAGAAGUGGGGUCAUGAGGCCAUCGAGGCCAACAGCAGCUACUUCCACCUGGCAGCGUGGGCCAUCCCGGCAGUGAAGACCAUCAUGAUCCUGGUAAUGAGGAAGGUGGCAGGGGAUGAGCUGACAGGCAUCUGCUACGUGGGCAGCAUGGACGUCAAAGCUCUCACCGGCUUUGUACUUAUUCCUCUUUCCUGCUACCUUAUAAUUGGCACUUCGUUCCUGCUGUCUGGCUUUGUGGCCCUCUUCCACAUCCGUAAGAUCAUGAAAACAGAGGGAGAGAACACAGACAAGCUUGAGAAGCUGAUGGUUCGCAUCGGGGUCUUCUCCGUGUUGUACACUGUCCCGGCCACCUGCGUCAUCGCUUGCUAUUUCUACGAGAGGCUCAACAUGGACUACUGGCGCAUCCUUGCAGGGGAGCAGAAGUGCGUGGACAGCAGUGAGUCAGACGAGUGCAUGAUGAAGACUUCCAUCCCCGCUGUUGAGAUCUUCAUGGUGAAGAUCUUUAUGCUGCUGGUGGUGGGCAUCACUAGCGGCAUGUGGAUCUGGACCUCAAAGACACUGCAGUCGUGGCAGAAUGUGUUUAGCAGGAAGCUAAAGAAGAGGACGAGCAGGAAGGCUGCCAGUGUGUUCACCAGCAGCAGGCCUUACAUCAAACCUCACCCAUCUCUCAAAGGGCACAACACUAAGUACGAGCCCACACGGCCUCCUCCAACAUGCGUAUGAGCUGGCUCCCUUUGUAUAAACCCAAAAAUACUUGUAAAGCCCUUAACUAAAUGAGACUUUGUAAUCACAGUGUCAUCUAAAGAAUCAAGGUUCAUGUUUUAUUUAUGCAAACUGCGUUAAAGAUAAUGCAACGUGGGUUCUUUUUGUGUGUCUUGAGCCAUCUCAUGCAACAAGAGCUGCCUUUGUUUGAGGGGGGAGAAAAAUCUGCUACUCCUGGAUUCACUUAUCCUACUGAGGAACUUGGAAGAGAGAGAAAAAUCUAAUUGUCCCAAGUGGUGUGCCAUGUGUACUUGAAUAAUGUGCAAUAGAUGUUUCCCUUACAGGCAAAAAAGACACUACAGACAAUGAAAGGACCCCAGAGACAAUGGAGGCAAAUGGUCAGAGAGCUGAGUUGUGUUUGGAGGCUUCUUAAUGUCGUAUAUGUGAGAACUGGAGUGAGAGCAGCUGUUGAAACGUGCUCAAGACCGUCCGAACUGCCCAUUGGUGAGGCAAAUCCAUGCCAUAAAAUUAAUCAAGCACUCAUCAUUGAAAAGUUCUUUGUAAACACAGCUGAGUCUUCCAUUUUUCUUUCCUUUGCUGUUUUAAAGCACAAGGGAACGUGUGUGUACAUAUUUCUAAACACUUCAGAUUUUAUAGAAAAAUUAAUAAAACGUUUUAGUUUUAAAUGUU